CUUUAACAGCAACCGAAAGAAGCGCAUGCGUCAGCUCCAGAAGAAGAUCAAGACCGGCACUCUGAACAUUAAGCAAGACGACCCUUUUGAGCUGUUUGUCGCUGCCACUAACAUCCGCUACUGUUACUACAACGAGACGCACAAGAUUCUGGGAAACACCUACGGCAUGUGCGUCCUGCAGGUGAGACAUGCUUGUUCUUAUUCUUGUCGUCCUGGCUGACAACACCUGACAUCUUCCAAUCCUUGUGUUCACCUCUCAAGAUGUGUACUGAACAUUUUUGUCUCACUCAUUCUCUCUCUCCCUCACACAGGACUUUGAGGCUCUCACUCCCAACCUCCUAGCUCGAACUGUGGAGACUGUAGAAGGAGGAGGGAUCGUGGUAAUUCUUCUCAGGACGGUCAACUCACUCAAGCAGCUGUAUACAAUGACUAUGGUAAGGCCCCAUAGAUGUUUUCAGUGAACUGUGUACUCGUGUAUUAUUUAGUUCUUGCUGUGUUGGAGCCAGUUCAAGACUACUGUUGUCUAAAUAUUGCUGUUUUUACAUUUCUAAAAACCUGUUUUCGCUUUCUCAUUAUGGGGUAUUGUGUGUAAAUAAUUUAAUCCAUUUUAGAAUAAGGCUGUAACGUAACAAAAUGUGGAAAAAGUCAAGGGGUCUGAAUACUUUCCGAAUGCACUGUAUACUUUCCUUCCCCAGGAUGUUCAUUCUCGCUACAGGACCGAGGCCCAUCAGGACGUGGUGGGAAGGUUCAAUGAGAGGUCAGUGGUCUUCAAAUACACUGAACAAAAAUAUAAACGCAACAUGCAACAAUUUUACUGAGUUACUGUUCAUAUAAGGAAGUCAGUCAAUUGAAAUAAAUAAAUUAGGCCCUAAUCUAUUGAUUUCACGUAACUGGGAAUACAGAUAUGCAUCUGUUGGUCACAGACACCUAAAAAAAAAACUUUGGGGCGUGGAUCAGAAAACCAGUCAGUAUCUGAUGUGACCACAAUUUGCCUCAUGCAGCGCAACACAUCUCCUUCGCAUAGAGUUGAUCAGGCUGUUGAUUGUGGAAUGUUGUCCCACUCCUCUUCAAUGGCUGUGCGCAGUUGCUGGAUAUUGGCGGGAAGAACUGAGACAUUUUCAGCUUCCAGGAAUUGUGUACAGAUCCUUGCGACAUGGGGCUGUGCAUUAUCAUGCUGAAACAUGAGGCGAUGGCGGCGGAUGAAUGUCACGACAAUGGGCCUCAGGAUCUCGUCACGGUAUCGCUGUGCAUUCAAAUUGUCAUCGAUAAAAUGCAAUUGUGUUCGUUCUCCGUAGCUUAUGCCUGCCCAUAACAUAACCCUACUGCCACCGUGGGGCACUCUGUUCACAAUGUUGACAUCAGCGAACCGCUCGCCCACAGGACGCCAUAUACACUGUCUGCCAUCUGCCCGGUACAGUUGAAACCGGGUGGCUGGUCUCAGACGAUCUCGUAGGUAAAGAAGCUGGCAUGGUUACACGUGGUCUACGGUUUUGAGGCCGGUUGGAUGUAUGCCAAAUUGUCUAAAACGACAUAAACCACCUCGGCUUAUGGUAGAGAAAUUAACAUUCAAUUCUCUGGCAACAGCUCUGGUGGACGUUCCUGCAGUCAGCAUGCCAAUUGCAAGCUCCCUCAAAACUUGAGACAUCUGUGGCAUUGUGUUGUGUGACAAAACUGCACAUUUUAGUGGCCUUUUAUUGUCCCCAGCACAAGGUGCACCUGUGUAAUGAUCAUGCUGUUUAAUCAGCUUCUUGAUAUGCCACACCUGUCAGGUGGAUGGAUUAUCUUGGCAAAGGAGAAAUGCUCUAACAGGGAUGUAAACAAAUUUGUGCACCAAAUUUGAGAGACAUAAGCUUUUUGUGCGUAUGGUACAUUUCUGGGAUCUUUUAUUUCAGCUCAUGAAACAUGGGACCAACACUUUACAUCUUGCGUUUUUAAUAUUUUUGUUCAGUGUAGUUUAUAUAAGGCCGCCCAAUUACAACUCUUAAGGACUAUUCUCACAAGGGCUUCCUUGUUAUUUUUAAAUGACUGACAAGCCAUAUGACCCUAACUGACACCAUCUCCAAUUGUGGUCCUCUGUAGCUCAAUUGGUAGAGCAUGGCGCUUGUAACGCCAGGGUAGUGGGUUCGAUCCCCGGGACCACCCAUACGUAAAAAUUUAUGCACACAUGACUGUAAGUCGCUUUGGAUAAAAGCGUCUGCUAAAUGGCAUAUUAUUAUAUUAUAUGGUAACUAACUGCCCUCCCCUCCAGGUUCAUCCUAUCUCUGUCGUCCUGUAAGACGUGCGUUGUCAUUGACGACCAGCUCAACGUCCUGCCCAUUUCCAGCCACAUUGCCAACAUCAAGCCUGUUCCUCCCAAGACUCAGGUAGGCACACAAUCCCAUGCUCCACAGCAAUCCUAGGUUCUGUUUCUUAGGGCACACUGUAGCAAGGUUCCUUCAGUUUCGUGCCUAGUGAACAUGACUUAAGCCAAAAACAACAUUGUUUGACUUAUGAGUUCUAACCUGACUAACCUUAUAACCAAUCAUUUGUCUCCUUCCUGCAGGAGGACAGUCUGUCGCCACGGGAACAGGAGCUGAAUGAGUUAAAGGAGUCUCUACAGGACACGCAGCCUGUUGGUGUGCUGGUCGACAGCUGCAAGACCAUGGACCAGGUCAGGACAUACUCUCAUAUAUAAAUCAAGGGGAUAGGACAUUGUCUUAUGUCAGAUAGCAUGAAUCUGUCUGCACUGGUGAUAAUAGUAGUAACGCCACCUGUCAGAAGACAAUGGGGGAUGGGGUGGUAAAUGGGUGUAGGAAAGCAUUUAUUGACUAGUUCCUAUCCAAGCUUUGCACCUCUCAGUGGAGAUCAUGUUAUUCAUAGUGUGUGUUUCUUAGCUUAUGGCUCUGUCGUAGUCGGCCGUGACCGGGAGACCCAUGGGGCGGCGCAUAAUUGGCCCUGCGUCGUCCAGGGUAGGGGAGGGAAUGGCCGGCAGGGAUGUAGCUCAGUUGGUAGAGCAUGGCGUUUGCAACACCAGGGUUGUGGGUUCAAUUCCCACGGGGGGGCAGUAUGAAAAAUAAAAUAAUGUAUUCACUCACUAACUGUAAGUCGCUCUGGAUAUGAUCGUCUGAUAAAUGACUAAAAUGUAAAUGGUUUGUUGCGGUCUCUCCCUCCAAGGCCAAGGCGGUGUUGAAGUUCAUUGAGGCCAUCUCAGAGAAGACCCUGAGGAGCACUGUAGCUCUGACUGCUGCUAGAGGCAGGGGCAAGUCUGCAGCACUGGGACUGGCUGUGGCUGGGGCUGUGGCAUUUGGGUACGGUUGACUUCUGAUUCACCUGCCUCGUCUUUCUCACACAUACACUCAUGAGUCUUUACAGUUUCUGAUGAAUCUACUUAAAUGUGCUUGUCGCUAUGUUGGAGGAGACACAGACUCGCUAACAGUGAUCUGUGUGGAGUACCUUAACUCAUACACUCCAUUCUGUGACAUACUGUUGCUCAUAGUGUCAUAUUGUCCAUCUCCACAGCUACUCCAACAUCUUCAUCACCUCCCCCAGCCCAGACAACCUGCACACUCUGUUUGAAUUCAUCUUCAAAGGCUUCGAUGCCCUUCAGUACCAGGUGACCUUUUUCUUUCUCUUUCUCUCUAUAGUCUUUCUGUCUGUGAGUGAACUAUGUCAGACGAUGGGAGCUUCGUUAAGUUUAUUCCUAACUUAAGCAUCCCUCUCCCGUUCCCAGGAGCACCUGGACUAUGAGAUCAUCCAGUCUCUGAACCCUGAGUUCAACAAGGCCGUGGUUAGAGUGAACGUCUUUAAGGAGCAUAGACAGACUAUUCAGUACAUCCACCCAGCUGAUUCAGUGAAGCUGGGUCAGGCUGAGCUGCUGGUGAUAGAUGAGGCUGCAGCCAUCCCUCUUCCUCUGGUCAAGAAGCUGCUGGGACCAUACCUGGUCUUCAUGGCCUCCACCAUCAACGGGUCAGUGGUGUGUGUAUGUGGUCCUGACCACCCCCCGUCUGGUCAAGUACAGUGCUUUGCAAAAGUAUUCAGCCCCCUUGGCGUUUUUCCUAUUUUGUUGCAUUACAACCUGUAAUUUAAAUAGAUUUUUAUUUGGAUUGCAUGUAAUGGACAUACAUGAAAUAGUCCAAAUUGGUGAAGUGAAAUGAAAAAAUAUAACUUAUUAAAAAAAAUUAUACAAAAUAAAUAAUGGAUAUGAGGUACGUGCAUAUGUAUUCACCCCCUUUGCUAUGAAGCUCCUAAAUAAGAUCUGGUGCAACCAAUUACCUUCAGAAGUCACAUAAUUAGUUAAAUAAAGUCCACCUGUGUGCAAUCUAAGUGUAACAUGAUCUGUCACAUGAUCUCAGUAUAUAUACACCUGUUCUGAAAGGCCCCAGAGUCUGCAACACCACUAAGCAAGCUGCACCAUGAAGACCAAGGAGCUCUCCAAACAGGUCAGGGACAAAGUUGUGGAGAAGUACAGAUCAGGGUUGGGUUAUAAAAAAAUAUCAGAAACUUUGAACAUCCCACAGAGCACCAUUUAUAUCCAUUAUUUUAAAAUGGCACCACAACAAACCUGCCAAGAGAGGGCCGCCCACCAAAACUCACGGCCCAGGCAAGAAGGGCAUUAAUCAGAGGCAACAAAGACACCAAAGAUAACCCUGAAGGAGCUGCAAAGCUCUACAGCAGAGAUUGGAGUAUCUGUCCAUAGGACCACUUUAAGCCAUACUCUCCACAGAGCUGGGCUUUACGGAAGAGUGGCCAGUAAAAAGCAAUUGCUUAAAGACAAAAAUAAGCAAACACGUUUGGUGUUCACCAAAAGGCAUGUAGGAGACUCCCCAAACAUAUGGAAGAAGGUACUCUGGUCAGAUGAGACUAAAAUUGAGCUUUUUGGCCAUCAAGGAAAACGCUAUGUCUGGCGCAAACCCAACACCUCUCAUCACCCCGAGAACACCAUCCCCACAGUGAAGCAUGCUGGUGGCAGCAUCAUGCUGUGUGGAUGUUUUUCAUCGGCAGGGACUGGGAAACUGGUCAGAAUUGAAGGAAUGAUGGAUGGCUUGAAAUUCUUGAGGGAAACCUUUUUAUCUUCCAGAGAUUUGAGACUGGGACAGAGGUUCACCUUCCAGCAGGACAAUGACCCUAAGCAUACUGCUAAAACAACACUUGAGUGGUUUAAGGGGAAACAUUUAAAUGUCUUGGAAUGGCCUAGACAAAGCCCAGACCUCAAUCCAAUUGAGAAUCUGUGGUAUGACUUAAAGAUUGCUGUACACCAGCAGAACCCAUCUAACUUGAAGGAGCUGGAGCAGUUUUGCCUUGAAGAAUGGGCAAAAAUCCCAGUGGCUACAUGUGCCAAGCUUAUAAGAGACAUACACCAAGAGACUUGCAGCUGUAAUUGCUGCAAAAGGUGGCUCUACAAAGUAUUGACUUUGGGGGGGUGAAUAGUUAUAAUAGUUAAUAAGUUUUCUGUUUUUUUGUCUUAUUUCUAGUUUCACAAGAAAACAUAUUUUGCAUCUUCUUCAAAGUGGUAGGCAUGUUGUGUAAAUCAAAUGAUACAAACCCCCCAAAAAUCCAUUUUAAUUCCAGGUUGUAAGGCAACAAAAUAGGAAAAAUGACAAGGGGGUGUGAAUACUUUCGCAAGCCACUGUAUCAAUGGGUCAGUGGCGUGUGUGUAUAUGUCUGUGUGUGAGAGAGAGAGUUUCCGAAACCUGUGUGCGUGUUUCCUACCCCUUGCUCUCUCCGUGCAAGUAACAAUGGGUCAGUGCAAGGGCACCAUAGCACAAACUGUCUGUGUGUUCCUGACUUCCCUCUCUUUCUAUCCCUAAAGGUAUGAGGGCACAGGUCGUUCUCUCUCCCUGAAGUUGAUUCAACAGUUGAGGCAGCAGAGUUCAGAGAGCCAGCAGAGUCUGUCAGCAGAGAACAGGAGCACCAACACAGCCAGGCUGAACGCAGGUGACCAAGACACCCUUACUACAUUUUAUAUGUACCUUUUAGUCAUGUAGCAGACUCUAGUCUUAUCCAGACUCACAAUCAAUGUAUUCAACUACCGUAGGUAAAACCAACUAACACAAGAAUUGCAAAUCAGAUUUUCUACAAAAUAACUAUCUGCAGUCAGUGCUAUAUGAAAAGACUAAUGCAAAGAAAGAUUUACAAAAAAUACAUUACAUUGUUCUAACGCAUCUGUACCUGUAAUGUGUUUUAAUUCUUGUGUUCCUCCUCCCCCAGCUCGCUCCCUCCAAGAGGUGUCCCUCCAUGAGUCCAUCCGUUAUGCCAUGGGAGACCCUGUAGAGAAGUGGCUCAACGAGCUGCUGUGUCUGGACUGCCUAAACAUCCCCAGAGUCAUCUCUGGCUGCCCCCUGCCACAGACCUGCGACCUGUAUCCUUUCAUGGUGCAAUCUGCAAUAGAUAAUGCUGUUCAGUGGUUAUUACUCUAGCUCCAUCCCUCAGCUUUACAGGGCUGCUGUUUGGCCGUAAAACAAAUUCAGUAUUGUGGCUUUUAAUGGCACGCUGUAUGAUUGUCUUAGUAGUUGUUGUUGUUGUCGUCCUUAACCUGUGAUGUACAGAUACUAUGUGAACAGAGACACACUGUUCUGCUACCACAAGGCAUCUGAAGCCUUCCUGCAGAGACUCAUGGCUCUCUAUGUGGCAUCGCACUACAAGGUGAGCCUGAGCAUUGCACACACACUCACACACACACACACUAGUGGCUGAUGGAGGGGGAGCGCUGCCACUCAAAAAGAAGAAAAACACGAAUACAAAGCAUUGAUCAUCAGGAUCAUACCGCAGAUCCAAAAAGUAACACCCCCAAAUCCGUACAACCAGUAGGCUUCGUCAACAUUAAAAAGCAAUGAGUCUGAUGUAACAUGUUGAUAAACUAAUAUUUCUUCACAUUAUAAGCGCAGCAGGGCGCACAAGGCAUAGGUGCUCCUAGGCUACACGCGAAUGUGCGUUCUAUAAUGCAAUUUCAUGAAAGAGGGGAGAUCUAAUAUGCAACAACUAGCAUGGGUUGCUAAUAUGACUAGAACUGUGCCUUUGGCUACUGGACAAUGAAAGACAGUUCAUAUAAAAUAAUUGCCUCCAUGGAUAUGAUCUGAUUUUGGCUAUGCUGCUUUGAAGGUAAGACAUGCCUCAUAAUCUGUAGUAAAACAUUCAGGUGUCAAACAAUUAAGUAUAUGUUUUCAAAAUGCAUACUGCCUCCAGCUCAUUGCAAAGUGGUGUGUGACGCGCUGAUGAAGCCUGUCUUACGUUGCCUAUGAAUUUGCUGUUUGAGAUGCUGUAGCAGCAGCUCUUGAGCUGUCUGACAGAUUUUCCGCUCAAAGACUCUGUAGGUCUAUAUGUAUGCUGUACGCAUGUGAUAAAUAACAUACAUAACAAAUAUACUGUACACGCGCCAAUUGAAUUUCACUAAGUUAUGCAAACUAACCUAUAGACCGAUAAGCAUGACCAGUCAAAUGUAUUUCCAUCAAUCAAUAGGCUAAAACGCAUAGUUUUGCAAUGAGAUUUAUUUUUCUCCCGGACAAUUGGCCGGGAGAAAUUUAUCGGCUUUUAAAAAAUGUUAUCGGCCAAAAGCCGGCUAACGGCAACCUUGAUAGAUAGGUAUGUAUGUAUGUAUGUAUGUGUGUGUGUGUGUGUAUAGAUGUAUAUACACACACACACAGUGAGGGGAAAAAAGUAUUUGAUCCCCUGCUGAUUUUGUACAUUUGCCCGCUGACAAAGAAAUGGUCAGUCUAUAAUUUUAAUGGUAGGUUUAUUUGAACAGUGAGAGACAGAAUAACAACAAAAAAAUCCAGAAAAAUGCAUGUAAAAAAUGUUAUACAUUGAUUUGCAUUUUAAUGCGGGAAAUAAGUAUUUGACCCCCUCUCAAUCAGAAAGAUUUCUGGCUCCCUGGUGUCUUUUAUAUAGGUAACGAGCUGAGAUUAGGAGCACACUCUUAAAGGGAGUGCUCCUAAUCUCAGUUUGUUACCUGUAUAAAAGACACCUGUCCACAGAAGCAAUCAAUCAGAUUCCAAACUCUCCACCAUGGCCAAGACCAAAGAGCUCUCCAAGGAUGUCAGGGACAAGAUUGUAGACCUACACAAGGCUGGAAUGGGCUACAAGAUCAUCGCCAAGCAGCUUGGUGAGAAGGUGACAGCAGUUGGUGCGAUUAUUCGCAAAUGGAAGAAACACAAAAUAACUGUCAAUCUUCCUCGGCCUGGGGCUCCAUGCAAGAUCUCACCUCGUGAGUUGCAAUGAUCAUGAGAACGGUGAGGAAUCAGCCCAGAACUACACGGGAGGAUCUUGUCAGUGAUCUCAAGGCAGCUGGGACCAUAGUCACCAAGAAAACAAUUGGUAACACACUAUGCCGUGAAGGACUGAAAUCCUGCAGCGCCCGUAAGGUCCCCCUGCUCAAGAAAGCACAUAUACAGGCCCGUCUGAAGAUUGCCGAUGAACAUCUGAAUGAUUCAGAGGAGUACUGGGGGAAAGUGUUGUGGUCAGAUGAAACCAAAAUCGAGCUCUUUGGCAUCAACUCAACUUGCCGUGUUUGGAGGAGGAGGAAUGCUGCCUAUGACCCCAAGAACACCAUCCCCACCGUCAAACAUGGAGGUGGAAACAUUAUUCUUUGGGGGUGUUUUUCUGCUAAGGGGACAGGACAACUUCACCGCAUCAAAGGGACGAUGGACGGCGCCAUGUACCGUCAAAUCUUGGGUGAGAACCUCCUUCCCUCAGCCAGGGCAUUGAAAAUGGGUCGUGGAUGGGUAUUCCAGCAUGACAAUGACCCAAAACACACGGCCAAGGCAACAAAUGAGUGGCUCAAGAAGAAACACAUUAAGGUCCUGGAGUGGCCUAGCCAGUCUCUAGACCUUAAUCCCAUAGAAAAUCUGUGGAGGGAGCUCAAGGUUCGAGUUGCCAAACGUCAGGCUCGAAACCUUAAUGACUUGGAGAAGAUCUGCAAAGAGGAGUGGGACAAAAUCCCUCCUGAGAUGUGUGCAAACCUGGUGGCCAACUACAAGAAACGUCUGGCCUCUGUGAUUGCCAACAAGGGUUUUGCCACCAAGUACUACGUCAUGUUUUGCAGAGGGGUCAAAUACUCAUUAAAAUGCAAAUCAAUUUAUAACAUUUUUGACAUGUGUUUUUCUGGAUUUUUUUGUUGUUAUUCUGUCUCUCACUGUUCAAAUAAACCUACCAUUAAAAUUAUAGACUGAUCAUGUCUUUGUCAGUGGGCAAACGUACAAAAUCAGCAGGGGAUCAAAUACUUUUUUCCCUCACUGUAUAUGUGUGUGUAUGUAUGUAUAUGUGUUUGGGCUUUAUAGAUUGCUUAUUUGUUUGUGUUGGGAUUUAGCUGAGAUUGUUCUUUACUAAGUCAAGUGUAUUUGUCCAGGCCUCAAUUGUUUCUUGACUAGCACAAUUUAUUCUCGCUGUCGAUAACUCUAAUGUUAUAACUUCUAAUAGUAACUGUAGCCACUGGCAAAUUGGGAGUGAGGUGAUUGCCAACAUAUUUUUUGCGGCAGUGCUGCCUGACAGCAGUAAUUGUCUCUGAUGUAUUGAGAGAUUCAAGGAGCCAUCAUUAUUAAUAAACAUAGUAGAUGCAAAGCAUUAAAUAUUUACAUUCAUGCACUUCGAAAUUAAUUGUUUAACUUUGUCCCAGGAGCGUUUAACUGCAGGGCACUCCCACAUCAUAUGAAGGAAUGUGCCUACCUGAUUUAGGGGACAGAGUGAACAUUUGGGAGUUAGGGCCAAUUUAAUCUGAAAACUUGUUGUUAAAUUUAAAAUGUUUAAGUUGAUGGUUCGGAUUACAGGAUGCCAAUGUCAUAUUUUUCCAUUUUCUGUUCCAGUUAAAGGGUUCUUCAUAUGCACUUACAUCUGUGGACCAUAGUUUUUAAUGGCUAGCUCAGAAUGAGCUUUCCAAAAGUUGUUUAUAUAUUAUAGGGAUCAGUCCUUUCAGAAGCCCAGAUCAUUUAUUUAUAAAUACCAUCAUUGGAAGGUUCGGUAGUUAAGUUUCCUGAGGGACUCCAUAGGCCAGCAUAGCUGACCUAAAAUUGUAAAUAUACAAAUAUACAACACCAGUCUCAACAUCAACAGUGAAGAGGCGACUCCGGGAUGCUGACCUUCUAGGCAGAGUUGCAAAGAAAAAUACAUAUCUCAGACUGUCCAUCUUAAUCUUUUAUUUUAAUUGGCCAGUCUGAGAUAUGGCUUUUUCUUUGCAACUCUGCCUAGAAGGUCAGCAUCUGGGGAAAACUUCAAUCCAUUUGGAGUAACUGUCAACCAAGAAAAUCAAUUUGCAUUACCAAAGGACCCAAGGGGACUGGUAAUGAUUCCCCCUUUGGACACAUGACUCACAUCGUGAUUAAUGCGUCCAAAAAAACAACACUGCCUGUUAAAUCAAAAAUAAACAAAUUAGAGUAACAAAUCAAAUUAGAAUUACAACUCUAGAUAACUCCAUAAGGAAAUAAUUGUAUCCCAUAAGAUAAUGGUAAAAUAGAAUAGAGACAGGUGUCCCUCAUUCCGGGGCAGCGCUCUCUCUGUCCUUCUCGUGGUCCAAAUCACACAUGGGACUAUUGAUAAAUUAUAAACUUCUUCUUAAUUAUUAGUGUUUACAUAGCCCAUUUAAAUCUCACCCAGUGUCUCCAGUCUUUCUAGUUAGGGUGAUCAGGCCUCGCCAGGAAGUCAGAACAGAGGUUAGAGGUCAGUCAGCCCUGUUAAAUGAGUUUGUUUUCCUAUACCUAAAAAAUCGUAGGGUAAAAACAAACAAAAUGGCCAGGCCUUAAUUAAUUUGGAAGCUCCCUUAACAGCUGGAUCCGGGUACCUUCAACUGCUCUCCCAAGGCACUUGCCUUAGGAAGCCUUUCAAAGGGAGAGAUACAAAAUCAUAAACAUGUUGUUUUUAAACUUGGUAGUGGACAUUCCAUCAGUCGUAUACAGAAUUAUACUUCAGACACAUCAGAUGAUAGUGUCCCGUCAUGCUGAACAAUCCCAGAGCCCCUCUCUUGUAAUCAUUGUCAUUUUGACCUGUUGCAUUGACGUACAAACUGCCCCAGGGACAUACACUUAGUCUAAAUAUAAAACCUGUUGUUUAACAUCUGCUUGGACCUUCAAAAAGUUGGUGCUGGCUUAUCAGCUCAAUAUUCGGUACUAAAAACAUUUACUUGGAUCUACUGAAUUCUAGACACAGUUCCACGUAAUGGAAAACAGAUUGUUUUAGAUGACAUUACCUUCUUACUUAAAUCACUGGUGCUACCCAAACUAUAGAAUUUAGAAAGAAAUUGUCAAAAACCUAUCUUAUUCAAUUAUUCAUACCUCUGUCCCAAAUGUCCCCACUGUCUCUUACAGCCUGUUUGAGUUCAGUGUGUACUGGUGGCUAUCUAUUUGUCCACAGGAAAUGUACCUCUAACCCAAACAACGGAUGACUUAAACACAAGUAAAAAAAUAAAAACAUCACACCUCCAUGCUUCACGGUGGGAACCACACAUGCGGAGAUCAUCCGUUCACCUACUCUGCAUCUCACAAAGACACAGCGGUUGGAACCAAAAAUCUCAAAUUUGGACUCCUCAGACCAAAGGACAGAUUUCCACCGGUCUAAUGUCCAUUGCUCGUGUUUCUUGGCCCAAGCAAGUCUCUUCUUCUUAUUGGUGUCCUUUAGUAGUGGUUUCUUUGCAGAAAUUUGACCAUGAAGGCCUGAUUCACGAAGUCUCCUCUGAACAGUUGAUGUUGAGAUGUGACUGUUACUUGAACUCUGAAGCAUUUAUUUGGGCUACAAUUUCUGAGGUGCAGUUAACCUCUGCAGCAGAGGUAACUCUGGGUCUUCCUUUCCUGUGGUGGUCCUCAUGAGAGCCAGUUUCAUCAUAGCGCUUUAUGUUUUUUGCGACUGCAUUUGAAGAAACCUAAGUUCUGAAAAUGUUCCGUAUUGACUGACCUUCAUGUCUUAAAGUAAUGAUGGACUGUCGUUUCUCUUUGCUUAUUUGAGCUGUUCUUGCCAUAAUAUGGACUUGGUCUUUUACCAAAUAGGGCUGUCUUCUGUAUACCAACCCUACCUUGUCACAGCACAACUGAUUGGCUCAAACACAUUAAGAAGGAAAGAAAUUCCACAAAUUAACUUUUAAGAAGGCACACCUGUUAAUUGAAAUGCAUUCCAGGUGACUACCUCAUGAAGCUGUUUGAGAGAAUGCCAAGAGUGCAAAGCUGUCAUCAAGGCAAAGGGUGGCUACUUUGAAGAAUCCCUAAUAUAAAAUAAAUGUUGAUUUGUUUAACACUUUUUUGGUUACUACAUGAUUCCAUAUGUGUUAUUUCAUAAGUGUUGAUGUCUUCACUAUUAUUCUACAAUGUAGAAAAUUGUAAAAAAAAUAAAAAUAAAGGAAAACCCUGGUACUGUAUGUUGGAGAGCCUUGGUUGACUGUGGAUUACAGGUGGUCUUAUUAGAUUUGUCCAGAAUGGCAUUCAUGUCUGUCCCAAUAACCUGGUGGUGCCUACAUAGACCUUCCUCUUAUGUAUAUCUGUAUUUUAACCGAUUGCUGCCUUCUUCUUUUGCUGGUUCCAGAACUCUCCCAACGACCUGCAGAUGUUGUCAGACGCCCCAGCACAUCACCUCUUCUGCCUACUUCCUCCUGUUCCUCCCACACAAAACUCACUGCCGGAGGUCCUGGCUGUCAUACAGGUAAACCCACUGAGCUCAGUCAGUCAGUCUGUCUGUCUGUCUGUCUGUCUGUGUGUGUGUGUGUGUGUGUGUGUGUGUGUGUGCGCGCUCGCGCGGGUGAGAGAUUCCAAAGAGUUCAGACUCCUGAAUGCCAACUUUUACUCUGGCCACCAUCCACUCAUGGAACUCAUGCUGUUUGUUCACAAAUUUCCCAGGGCAGCCACACUGCAGGAGGACCUUACAAAGGAGUUCACAGUGUAUUGUGUCGAAGGCCUUGGAGAGGUCCACAAAGGCCAUGAACAGGUCUUGUUUCUUUUCACAGCACUUUUCCUGCAGUUGGCGUGCACUAAAGAUAAUGUCCACCAUGCUUCUGCUCUUUCUGAAGCCACACUGGGACGCCGGUAGCAGGUCUUCAGUGAUGGUGUCGGAGUCUGCGGAGCAUGACUUUACCAGCAACUGCAAGGAGGGAUAUGGUGUAUAUGGUGACAAUGUUUGCAUCCCUCCAUUGAUGGGGGGUGCUCUCUUGUCUCCAUUUCUCAGAGAUGAACAGGUGAACUGCACUGGGAGAGAGCCCCCCUUUUUUAGGAUCUCAGCAGGGAUGGAGUUUUUUGUGUUCUUCAGUGACCUGGUGCAGUCCUCAGAACAGGUGGAUGGGAGAUCAAGGCUCUGGAUGGUGGGCAGGGUUGGGAGCUCCUCUAGGACUGAGUAGUCAACUGGAGUUGGCUGGUUUAAGAGGGCUUCCAAGUGUUCACCCCACCUCUGGACUAUCUUAGUUUGUUAUUUUAUGAGAGUGGACCCAUCUGCACUUCUGAGGGGACAGCGAACGCAACUUCUUGGGCCGUGGGUGGUCUUCAGGGCAUCAUAAAAGUUGUGCAUGUCAUCUGUCUGCACAAUAUUGGAUUUCUUGUGCUUUGGAGGUCCACCACUCAUUUUGUAGAUGCUCUAGCUCUGUCACCUUUCACCGCAGAUGCAGAAGUGCAACGUCAGCGGAUGAGGUGAAUAGAGAGUCAUUCAAUGCAAAAAACAACAUAUCUCUACCUUAAACUUACACAUUUUAUGGGGAUUUUGUAUUAUGCUAAUUAGAUUCCCACAGGGGCGCGGACAUCAACUCUAGGGGGAUAAGCGCAGCAAUGCAGUAUGUGACGCGCAAAUGUUCGUUCCAUAAUGCAAUUAGCGGGAAAACACCAUUGUCAAAAGCGCACCGCACAUGCGAGCGGUUUCAUGUGGCAGACAUGAAAAUAUCCGUUAGAAAGUGGGGAGAUCUAAUGUGCAACAACUAGCAUGCGUUGCUAAUAUGACAAGGAUUGUGCCGUUGGCUACUGGACAAUGAAAGAAAGUUGAUAUAAAAUAAUUGCCUCCAUGGAUAUGGUCUGAUUUUGGCUAGGCUACUUUGAAGGUAAGACAUGCCUCAUAAUCUGUAGUAAAACAUUCAGGUUUCAAACAAUUAAGUAUAUGUUUUAUAAAAUUUUGUGACGCGCUGAAGAAGCCUGCCUUCUGUUGCCCAUGGAUUAGAUUUUUUAGGUGCUGUAGAAGCAGCUAUCGCUCUGUCCGACAGAUUUUCAGCUCAAAGGCUCUGUGUAUCUAUGCUUUAUGCAUAACGAAUAUACUGUAAACAAUUUAAUUCCACUAAAUUAUGCAAAUUAACCUGUAGACCGAUAAGCAUGACCAGUCAAAUGUACUGUAUUUCCAUCGACUGGUAUUUCCAUCAAUCAAUAGGCAAAAAAGCAUUAUUUCGCAAUGCGAUUUCUUUCUUCUCCUGGACAGUUAGCAGCACCAAUUUCAAUUAUCUGGCUAUUUUACCGGCUAACUGAAACCCUGCUCCUCACUUGCCAUUGUACCACACUUUAAAUAUUGGAAGACUGCAACAUCGACCAGGAUAUCCAGAAUCAAUCAUUUUCAACAGCAACCUGCACCUACACACCAAAGUUGCAGUCUACCAGGCAGUGUGUGUAUCUACACUCCCUUUAUGGAUGUGAAACAUGGACAGUCUACAGCUGACACUUAAAACAACUGGAGUCCUUUUCACAUAAAAUGCUUACAACGCAUAUUGAAAGUGACCUGGCAGGACCGUGUUCCUCUCUGUGAUCCUACAAGAGAACCAACUGCAGGAGCGUUGAGGCGUCCAUCGCACACCACCAGCUUAGAUGGCUCGGCCAUGCUAUCCGGAUGCUAGAGGAUCGCCUGCUGCGAAAGAUGCUUUACGGACAGCUACAACUGGGCCGUCGCUCUGCAGGUGGGCAGAAAAAGGCGGCUAAAGGAUCAACAGAAGACAUCACUAAAGAAGUGUGGGAUAAACCCUGCCUCCCUCCAGACUGUUGCUGCGCACCGUUCCACCUGGCGCGGCCUCUGCCGUCGAGUGCAGUUGGCCGAGGGAAAAGAGGACCGAACGUAGCCUGGCAAAGCGACCAGAGAAGACGCAUGACGAUGCCUGCACCGGCCUCAGCGGGAUAGGCCUUUUGUGUGCUCUGUCUGUGGCAGACAGUGUGCAUCCAGCAUCGGAUUCUACAGUCGUCAGCGAACCCACAAGCAGUAGUGGAAAUCAUCAUCGGAUGCGAUGGACUACCUUAAGUUAGUGCGUGUGUGUGAUGAUGAUGAUGAUGUUAUGUGUGCGUAAUGUUCCUCUCAGGUGUGUCUGGAAGGAGAGAUCUCACGUCAGUCCAUCCUCAACAGUCUGUCCAGAGGAAAGAAGGCUUCCGGUGACCUCAUCCCCUGGACCGUGUCAGAGCAGGUAUUGAGAAUACAGGCCUAAAGCCUGGAGCCAGAUGGUUUCCCACUGAUAAUCUCACACUAUUGGCAUUGUGAUCAGUUCUAACAUUGUGCUCUCUGCAGUUCCAAGACCCAGAGUUUGGCAGUCUGUCUGGAGGAAGGGUGGUGCGCAUCGCUGUCAACCCUGACUAUCAGGGGGUAAGUUCUGUUUUUUUUCUUCGCAUUUCGUGGUUUGUUCGUUGUUUAGUUGUGCUUGUGCAGUGCAGCUCUCUAAAUAGACAAUUUUUUGGUUCUGUCUUUCCAAGGCAAUUGAUGAGUUGUAUGUAGGUGUGUUGACUAUGUGGGGCUACAGAUGGUGUGUUGAAGGGAUACUUCGGGAUUCAAACUGCACGCAGAGACAUAAAAGUGGUAUCCACGAGUUCAUCUGACUCUGGGGAGGUAGAUAAAGGGCCUCGUUGCCAAAAUCCAGAAGUAUCCCUUUAACUGGUUGUUUCCCUGUCUGUCCUGCAGAUGGGUUAUGGCUCCAGAGCUGUGCAGCAGUUACAGCUGUACUACGAGGGUCAGUUUCCCUACAUGGAUGAGAACGCACAGACCGCUAACAGCCAGAUCACCUCUGUCACCAGCGAGGUAAUGCCACACACUCACUCUCACACAAAUGCCUGGAAACACUUGCACACUCACCAACAAAAAAACAGGCCCCCUGAAUGUACACAUUCCAUGAGUAUGAAUAGAAAUCACAUCCACAGGGAGAAAAGUCAUCCAGUCUUUUUGUUGUCACUCACAUUGACUCCAAAGAGCAGCAUUGAGCAGAGUUGACUGUUGUCAUUCUGUUGGAGGACGUGCUUUGCUAACAGUGUUGUUAAUAUAUAGGCAGUGAGCCUCCUAGAAGAGGUGUUGCACCCUAGGAAGGACCUCCCUCCUCUGCUUCUGAAGCUGAGUGAGAGGAGGGCCGAGAGACUGGAAUACCUGGGAGUGUCCUACGGCCUCACACCUCCACUGCUCAAGUAAGUAUUAUUUACAUUUACGUCAUUUAGCAGAAGCUCUUAUCCAGAGCGACUUACAAAUUGGUGUAUUCACCUUAUAGCCAGUGGAUUAUUUACCAUAGAUAGACUUAUAUACGUUUAUAUACAUAAUUUGUGUUUACUGACACUGGGAAAGUCUGUUUGGCUUCACCAUCUCUGUGCUUUUCCAAGUACCAACCAUAACAUUUUUUCGUUACCUCACAGGUUUUGGAAGAAAGCUGGUUUUGUCCCUGUCUAUUUACGGCAAACUCCUGUAAGUGGAAAAUGUCUACAAUUCACAAUUUACUACUUUACAUCAUUGUGCUGAAAUUGGAUGCAGUCAGAGUAUUGCUUAUUGUAAUGCUUGGUAUUGUCUUUUGACCCGUGGUGUGGUGUUGUGAUUCCCAGAAUGACCUGACGGGGGAGCACUCAUUGGUGAUGUUGAAGGAGCUCAACACAGUGGAGGCUCCUGAACAGGGCCAGUGGCUGGCUGCCUUCUGGAAAGGUGAGGCUUGUGUAUGCUAUGUGUUCUGUCUCUUUGUGGAAAAAGUCAGAAGACCAAAAUGGAAGAUAAAGUAUCAUCGGAUGUUCUACUCUAUUGUCCCUCUGCAUUACAACUCUCGUUGUCUUUGUCUCUUCCAGAUUUCCGUCGGCGGUUCCUGUCUCUGCUCUCCUACCAGUUCAGCAGCUUCUCUCCCAGUAUGGCCCUCAACAUCCUGCAGAACAAGAGCACCACCAAGACGGAUGCCAGCUCCGGUAAGUUCCCCUUUACUCCCUCCUUCCCUCCCCACCAGUCAAAACCCCAACCACCACUGUCCCGAAGGUUGUCUAACUAGACCAAAAUGGGGCUCCCCACCUGUUGACAGUCUACCCUAACCUUUGAACGUUUUGGGCCAGUACUUUUGACUGAUUUGGGCUACAGACAAGCGGUUUUCAGAGUCUCACCUGCUUUCUCUCCCCAGCUCUGACCAAUUCUCAGCUGUCUGGUCAGUUCAGCCCCUAUGAUCUGAAGCGUCUAGAGAUGUACUCUAGAAACAUGGUGGACUACCACCUCAUCAUGGACCUCAUCCCUGCAGUGGCACGCAUGUUCUUCCUCAAACAGCUGGGAGACGUGACCCUGUCCGCCGCACAGUGUGUGAGUAGGACAUUACGUGUGCGCACAGACAUGCACAUACACUCGCUCAUUCUCGCUUGUCUCUCCCUCUUUCUCAGUGUAGUGUAACGCUUAGCUCUCCUCCACAGUUAAAGAGAGAAAAAAAACGAGUCUCUAAACCUGUCUGUUCAUCUCCAGGCUCUGUUGCUAGGUGUGGGGCUGCAGCAUAAAUCAGUGGACCAGCUUGAGAAGGAGAUUGACCUGCCCAGCUCUCAGCUCAUGGGUCUGUUCAACCGCCUCAUCAGGAAAGUAGUGCAGGUGAGAAGAAAAGACGCAUUUAGUACCCAUGAGGGGAAAUGUAAUUAUUUAAUUCCGAUUUUGUUAAUUGUAUUUCUUACUCUACCGUUUUAUCCAACCUGCUUAGGUAUAAAGCAGCGAACAAAAAAAACGUUAGUUCCUAGAAAAUGUGUUGUAUGAUGAAAUGUCCUAAAGUUUUGAGUCUGUCUCGUACUUGCUGUGUCUCAGACAAUGACGGCUAGUUUAUUCAUUAUGACCUGUUUUGACCAUGUAUAGUUGUUUACUUCUUUUCACCAUGUUUAUGUGUGCUGUUAUAGUUCUUCAACAGAAUCCAGGAGAAGGCCAUUGAGGCGGAGAUGGUUGUAUCUAAAGACGUCUCCAUGGAGCCCACUGUCAAAACCCUCAAUGAUGAUCUGGUACGGGACUCUUCUCCGUUUUAUGAAUGGCAUGACAACUGGAAUGGGUAGAUAGACCAUAAUGUGCAGUGAGUGUAUGAAUGCAAAAUCAAUUAAAUAAUUGUAUUUUCUCCCCAGGAUGAGGCAGCCAAAGAGUUCCAGGAGAAGCACAAACAGGACAUGGAGAAGGUCAAGGAGAUGGACCUGCAACAGUACCUGAUCCGAGGAGAUGACGAGGAAUGGGACCAGGUGUUGAAGAAAGCAGGACAGACGGCUGUUGUCAGCAUAAAGAGGUGAGAGGAGAAACAAUGUCUAGAAUCCUUGCUAUAACAAUGUAAUAGCGGAUUCCCAUAUGCUACCUUCCUCUCAGCCCCGAAGGGUCUGGAUAGGUAUUUGCAGUGAGGUAGUAGAGCUUACACCUUACAGAUCAGCAAACAUCAAAGGGUUAGGGUUAUGGGGAAGGGCUAAGAUUUGUCAAUGUUUUUAUGGUGGGGCCACCCGUAUGAAAAUGUAUGCGUGCGCUACUGUGAAUCGCUUUAUGAAAGCGUUUGCUAAAUGGCAUUUAUUAUAAUUAUUUUAUUAUGGCUCAUCAUGUAACAAUGUCUGUUCUCCAACAGUGACAAGAAGAGGAAGUAUGAGCAGCCGAGGCCAGACAAAACCGAGGGAGGAGAUCCGCGACACGGCAAACUGAAGAAGACGAAGAAGGGAGGAGGAGGCAAGGAGAAGAAGAAGUUUGAAAAGAGGCCGUUAUAGUGUACAUUAUAGUUUAGUGUUUAUAUUAGCUUAUAUUUGUAUUAGUUUUAAGAUUAUUAGAAAUGUAGUUUGUUUUCAGAUCCACUUUACUAGUUAAUUUCAUAAAAACAUUUCUAUUUCGUUUUUAUAUUAUUUAGUUUGGCUUAUGGACAGAAAGAAGCCUAUGCAUGGGAGGCUGGGAGCCAUUUAUGUGUUGUAUAGUGUUUGUUUUUUGGGAUGUCACUUCUUGCCACUGUGGGGCAGUAAUGACAAGCUGAUGGGUCAGGUCUUACGUUAGGUUUAAAGGUAGACUCAGCGAGAUGAUGCAGAUGCACGAAGUAAACAAUAGUAAUGGGUCAAUUUCCGCAACAACCAG